ACCCUCGACUCAUCGUUGACACUCAACGAUCUAGACGCUCUGUCUUUCGGACUAUUGUCUGGCCCGUCUGCAUCUUCCGGUUGUUUUCUUGAGGCGACUGCCGCCAAGUGGAUUUGCAGCCCUCACUCCGAACUAAGAGGGAAGAGGGAGAAACAAAUCACUAACCGCGCCUAAAGAAAAAAAAAUCAGAGGGCGAAAAAAAAAAAAAAACGCUAAAAAAAUCUCCCAGGCACUGAUUGAGUCAUAUUCGGAUGAGCAGCAGUUGGUGGCUGCUGUAGGCCACCAAGCAAGCAUCUGAAAGCCUGUUGGAGCACCACGUUUCAGGUCAUCCACCUUCGUGCCUUUCCCACCCACCCCCCAAAUCAAGCCAGACCCCUCUUCCCUUUUCCCCUCUUAGGGUUGGGCCUUAGGCCGCCUUCCAGAAGUCAUGUCUAGCAAAGUCCCCCACGCCGCCUUCUGUGAGGAAUAUGACGAAGACACCCAUGUUAUCCGCCCCGAAACCCGUCAAGUCGCCAACCUCACUACCAAGCGCCAUAAACAGGCCGUGAGAUCGCCUGCAGAGCCCCUGGUCGACGUUGCAAGUGACUCCGGGUAUUCCAGUCGUACCGCCGCCACCGUCAACAGCACCCAAUCUGGGCCGUCGGGCCGGAAGAGUCCUGUCCCUCAUAAGCCAGACACCACCCUCAAACGAGCUGACCUCGAACGCGUCCGAUCCAAAGGCCACAAAGAACGUCCUUCCAAGGACCGAAUUGCUCGUCCACCACGUGAGGACAAAAUGCAGGUCGGAAGUUUUCCCACUGUGGGCCACCCGCACCCUCAUGCCCAUGCUCAGCGUUCCCCGUCCAGGUCCCGCCGACGUGAUACUGCUCAGUUCAGGCACUAUCCGGGGCAGUGCUAUGAUUGCGAUCAGGGGCUGUACCAUUCUGCCUCCACACCUCUAGAAGCGAGACCGAUGGAUUAUUCGUAUUUCAUGCCGCCGCCGCCACCUCCUCCAGGUCAUGAAUAUCCCCCUCCGGCACCGCAGAACUCCCGAUACCCUCCUUCUGUGAUUCAGGACGUCAACGUCACCCGCAGUAGCCGUCCUCAUGCUCGCGGAAGCUCGUCCGUUUAUCAUCCCAACAACCGGCCGGCGAGCUUUCAUGGUACCAUGCCUGGAAUGAACCAGAUGAUGUACCCUCCGGGUUCCAUGGGUCGCUACGACCACGGUCCACCGCUGUCUUCUUCGGCGUAUGCCAACGCCCCGCCGUAUGCCGCCUCUCAUUACCCGCAGCAGUCUCCCUACUACGGCGUGUCCGAUUAUGCAGCCCCUCCUGAUAGUCGACAAGAACGAUCGGCUUCGAGGUCUCGAGACCACGGUCGGGGCCGCCGAUCGUCGGCUUACGCGCCCGCUAUGGACUACGAUGAAGCAAGCUUUGAUGAAGAUGAAGAUGAUGACGACGUGGUGGACAUUCUUACUCCGCAUCCUCCUGCUCCAGGCCGACAGACACGGCCUCGGAUGUCCGCUCAUUCCUCUCAUGAUCGCGAUGAAGAUUACUACCGCAUGCCGCCUCCACCCACGAAGCACAAGGCGGCUCCGCACAUCAUCCAGAAACGGCCCGAUCCGCCUCGCAAGUCCGUGACUGCUCCAUUGAUUCCUUCCGACCGUCGCUCCUCUCGAUCUCUAGACCUAUCGGAAUUGGGCGACGCCUUGCCUGAAUACGGGUAUCGGCAGUCUUCUCGCGAGACCGUGAUACCCGAACGCAGCCGAAGUAACCGCGACAGCCGUCGCUCUAACGCUUACCACGAGUCUGCGCGACCGGCACGAAUUGCUGUCGAGAAUUCUCGUCGGCGCCGGCCCGCAGUAUACAACUACGGCGAUGAUGAUGACGAAGACGAGGAUGAUGAAAUCGUCGAGAAGCAACGCGAGGCGGAGGAGUACCAAGCCUCCCGGUCGGGCAAGCCAUCGGCGCCUGUUCCCCUGACCGAAGACGCUUUGUACAAGGCCAAGACUUCCCAACGCGCUGAAAGUGACAGCGGCAGCCAGAAGAGUCGCUCUAACAGCAGCCGUGGCAGUGACGCCCGGACUCAAACUGGAAGCAACAGCGGUCUCAAACCGGAGGAGGACAACAAUAUUAUCAUGACGAUGAACGGUGUGACUAUGAGCUUUAGCCAAGAAUCCGUUGGGGGCAAGAGGCUAAUGCUUCGGACCGGGGACAAUGGUGCAGUGGAGCUGAACAUCGAAGGCAAGCACCGACCGAAGAAAUACCUCACGGGAGGCUCUGACUAUACCGGAACUUUUUCUCGAAGAGCAUUGGAAGACCCGCGCCGAGCCAUGAGUGACCGGAAAUCGGACCGGGCUAGUCGACGCUCGGGUCGGUCCAUCUAUAGCGGUUAAUACUAGAUAAGAGGCUUGAAUUGA